UCGUACUCAAAUUCUCAUUUGUUUCAGCUUAAUUUUUCUUUAUUACUAAAAUACGGCACCGUUUUCUUCCUUCCUAACCCUCUGUACGCCCUUUCGUUUUCCCUGCUAGCUCUUUUCUCCGACUUCCGCCGUUGUGCUCCUGCCCUUGCUGGCGACCGAACCACCGCACAGACCUACUUCAACCUUCCUCAACACUCUCCAGUCUCCACCGACCACUACGAAGGUCAUAUACUUUCCUUAAAUGAUAGCUUCGAGAAUGGGUUCCAUAUAGAUUGGGUUUUUGAUUAAAGGAAAAUAGACUGCGGUAGUAAAUUUUGCAAAUGAACUUGAUUUUAAGAUUAAGGCAUCAUAUACCAAAUGGGUUUUCUACAAAACCCUUCUUUCGGCCACUGGUCCUAUUGAAUUUCACGAAUAUGAAUGGGGUGUCGUCUCGUGGAUAUGCCCAACCUGCAAGGGAAACUCAGGAAGAGGAAGAAGAGGUUGAAAUUGAUCAGAGGAGGCUUCCAGCUGAUUAUGAUCCUGCUACUUUUGAUCCCACAGAGCAUCGCAGUCCUCCAACAGAGCGUGUUUUUAGGCUUGUUAAUGAAAUUGCAGGGCUCACGCUGGUGGAGGUUGCUGAGCUAAGUUCCAUUAUAAUGAGAAAGAAGGGAAUGACAGAGUUACCAGUUGUGGGGGUUGUGAAGGCUGGUGCUGCUGGAUUGGCUGGAAUGGCAAUGAAGGCUCCAACUGCAGCUGCCAAGGAAGAAAAGAAGCCAGAGAAGACUGUUUUCGAAUUGAAAUUGGAGUCAUAUGAAGCAGCUUCAAAGAUUAAGAUAAUCAAGGAGGUUAGGAGUUUUACUGAUUUGGGUCUUAAGGAAGCCAAGGAUUUGGUAGAGAAGACGCCAUCAGUGCUGAAAACAGGAGUAUCAAAGGAAGAAGGUGAGCAAAUAAUUGAGAAGAUGAAAGCUGUUGGGGCCAAAGUUGUGAUGGAAUGAGACAAAGCCAUUUGACCCAUAUUUGGUAAUCUGUGGGAAUAUUAUAAAAUCUUGUUAUUUGUUUACUUUAGACACUUCAACUUUCAAUAUUUAUCAAGUUUCAGUUCAAAAAUAGCAGUAUGAAAGGACUUUUGGCUAUUACUAUCUUCCGUGUUUGUCUUUAGGUCUAUGAAGUUGCUCUCUUAAAAAAGAAAGAAAAAGCCUGAUAGACAUGCUGCUCAAUUGCUGUAUGGAUGAAAAUCUUCUCAAUAUAUGGUGUCUCUGGUUCUUUCAUAUCAUUUUCUUCCUUUUUUUCAAGUGAUGUCAAGAAAGACAGCUAAAUUAGUGCAGAAUGUUGCAUAUUGUUUUUACUAUGGUUUUAUGUUAGGAAUCUUUGGCAUUGAGAUUUAUGUGAUAAAAGGGAAUAGUUUCUUGCCACAUUUUUUCUUUCUUCAUAUGCCUGUGUCUGUGCCUUGUAAUUUUUUCUGUUGAUAAUUAUCUGUUGUCUUCAAUUUUUUCA